AACAAAGCACGUUUUAAUCUAAUCAGCUAUUCCUCGUGCCACGUCAAUCCUGGACAUCAAAGCGAACAUCAAAGUAAGAGGCAUGAAAGGCUUGGAAGGCAGCGCCCAGGUGCAUCUCUGAGCGAGCGUCCUCCUCCCCGCUCCUUCUUCAGCCUGGCUUUUGAGGCUCCUCUCACUUAUCAGAGAUCUGAAGGAUGUUGUCCCAGCAAGGAAAACAAGAUUAAUGUACCAGACUACCUUCCCUGGAUUUUGAUGCUGAAUCAGGAUCGUUUUAACUAAAGAUGGAAACACUGGAGUCAGAAUUGACCUGCCCAAUCUGCCUGGAGUUAUUUGAAGACCCUCUCUUGCUGCCGUGUGCCCACAGCCUCUGCUUCAGCUGUGCCCAUCGCAUCCUGGUGUCCAGCUGUUCCUCCAGUGAGUCCAUCGAGCCCAUCACUGCCUUCCAGUGUCCCACGUGCCGCUAUGUCAUCUCCCUCAACCACCGGGGCCUGGAGGGCCUCAAAAGGAAUGUGACCCUGCAAAACAUAAUUGACCGCUUUCAGAAGGCAUCCCUGAGUGGCCCCAACUCCCCCAGCGAAAGUCGACGUGAGAGGACGUACCGCAACAGCCCUACCAUGUCCGUGGCCGGUGAGAGGAUCGCCUGCCAGUUCUGUGAGCAGGAUCCCCCGCGGGACGCUGUGAAGACGUGCAUCACCUGUGAGGUGUCCUACUGCGACCGGUGCUUGCGGGCCACCCACCCCAACAAGAAGCCCUUCACCAGCCACCGUCUGGUGGAGCCUGUGCCUGACGCGCACUUCCGAGGACUGACGUGCUUGGAGCACGAGAACGAGAAGGUGAACAUGUACUGUGUUGCUGACGACCAACUCAUCUGUGCCUUAUGUAAACUGGUGGGCCGUCACCGGGACCAUCAAGUGGCUUCCCUCAGUGAUCGCUUUGAAAAACUCAAGCAAACCCUGGAGACAAAUCUCACCAACCUGGUUAAACGCAACAGCGAACUGGAAAACCAGAUGGCCAAGCUGAUACAGAUCUGCCAGCAAGUGGAGGUGAACACAGCCAUGCAUGAGGCCAAGCUGAUGGAGGAGUGUGAUGAGCUCAUGGAGAUCAUCCGCCAGCGCAAACAGGUCAUCGCUGUCAAGAUCAAGGAGACGAAGGUGAUGAAGCUGCGGAAGCUGGCUCAGCAGGUUGCUAACUGCCGGCAGUGUCUGGAGCGCUCCACGGUCCUCAUCAACCAGGCAGAGCACAUCCUGAAGGAGAACGACCAUGCACGGUUCUUGCAGACAGCCAGGAACGUGGCCGAAAGGGUCGCCAUGGCAACUGCAUCCUCUCAAGUUCUGAUCCCAGAUAUCAAUUUUAAUGAUGCAUUUGAAAACUUUGCUUUGGAUUUUUCCAGAGAGAAGAAGCUGCUGGAGGGGCUGGAUUAUCUAACUGCACCGAACCCACCAUCUGUCCGGGAGGAGCUUUGCACGGCCUCCCACGACACCAUCACCGUCCACUGGCUCUCGGAGGAUGAGUUCAGCGUCAGCUCCUACGAGCUGCAGUACACCAUCUUCACUGGCCAAGCCAACUUCAUCAGUCUCUACAACUCCAUGGACAGCUGGAUGAUCGUCCCCAACAUCAAGCAGAACCACUACACUGUCCACGGGCUCCAGAGCGGCACCCGCUACAUCUUCCUUGUCAAGGCCAUAAACCAGGCAGGCAGCCGGAACAGCGAACCCGCCAGGCUCAAGACAAACAGCCAGCCUUUUAAGUUGGACCCCAAAAUGGCUCACAAGAAGUUGAAGAUCUCCAAUGAUGGGCUGCAGAUGGAGAAGGACGAGAGUUCCUUGAAGAAGAGCCACACGCCCGAGAGGUUCAGUGGGACAGGGUGCUAUGGCGCAGCAGGCAAUGUCUUCAUCGACAGCGGCUGCCACUACUGGGAGGUGGUGGUGGGAUCCUCAACCUGGUAUGCCAUCGGUGUGGCUUACAAGUCAGCCCCCAAGAACGAGUGGAUAGGGAAGAACUCCUCCUCUUGGGUCUUCUCCCGCUGCAACAACAACUUCGUGGUGAGGCACAACAACAAGGAGAUGCUGGUGGAGGUCCACCCGCAGAUGAAGCGCCUUGGCGUCCUCCUGGAUUAUGACAACAAUGCGCUCUCUUUCUACGACCCAGCCAAUUCUCUCCACCUCCACACGUUUGAAGUCUCCUUCAUCCUACCAGUGUGUCCAACGUUCACCAUCUGGAACAAAUCCUUGAUGAUCCUUUCAGGUCUGCCCGCCCCGGACUUCAUUGAUUACCCAGAGCAGCAGGAGUGUAACUGCAGGCCCCAGGAGUCCCCAUACGUAUCAGGGAUGAAAGCCUGUCACUAGGCUGCCCCAGCCCUGCCCGUGCCCCGUGUUGGCACCAGCGAUGCUGGUGGGUACCAGCAGUCAGAGUCGGCUGCCGGGAGCCUGCCAGCCACUAGAGCCACUGUGCAGCCGUAACACUCCAGCAAGCGAGCGCCUUCCCACACACAGCUCCAUUCAUUUUGAAGAGGAAAGAGGAAGAACCUCUUGAAAAUAAACUCCUGCUGGCAAGCUCCACUUGUGUGCGAGUGCAGCUUGUGCAACUCCUUGGUGGUGUGCUCCCAUCUCUCCCAAAGUGGAUUGCCACCUGGAUGGUUUUGUCUUCCCUUGGGGGCUAGAUAGGCUGGAGUGGGCUUUCAGGUGACCUUCGGAGGUGCUGCUGCAGUCAGGGGAAUGUCCCAUGCGUCUCUGCAAAGCACAGGUUGGAACAGGAGGGAUUGGCUUUCUGGAGCCCGUGGUAGUUUGUCUCGAGAGCCAGGUGGGAUUUGAGCAUCUUUUUUCUGGGAAGGACUUUCUGUUUGACUGAAGUCCAACUAUUUCUCUGGUGUGGUAGAUAAUUGCAUGGACCCCUUGCACUUGGUGACCACUGGCAUUGGUUAUGUGGUGGAUGGUGGUGAUGUGAUGGAUGGUUUGUGAGAGCGAAGGCAGCGCUGAGAAGGACGGUCUCGCUUCUUCUCCCUGCUGUGUGCAUGCUGCUGCUGGUCGUGUCCCCUCUGCUCAUCUCCGUUUGCAGUCCUGCAGUGGAGGGCAGCCAGCCAUGGUCCCUCACCCACUGUGUCUCCUCCUUUGGGAGCUCACCAGGAGUCAGAGAGGUCCCCACAACCUGAGCUAUGUCACUUCUUGGCACAGAGAUUUGGCAGAUGCUCCUUCCCAACGCACAGUCCUGCUGGCUGUGCCCUGCCACAUGUGGCUUUGUGUAGACCUCCUUUGGUUUCAUGUCUGAUGGCCCUGUAGGCAAAACACAUCUACCUGUGCUCAGCAGAGGGUCGAGUCGUGCCCAACACCCAUCUCUGUGCUUUAUGACCCAAAAUCAGAAUUUUUUACUCCAAAUCUGGGCUCUUGGCUUGUUCUCUGCCAUGAUGGUGUGAGCAUGAAGCCAUCCUUUUUGCUCUGCUGCAAAACACUGAAUCCAUCCAAGGGGCUCCAACCCCUGGUUACUGGGAGCUCUUCAGGCGCCACCAGUUCUCCCAGUUACCACAAGCACUAAGUCCCCAGGCCAAGCUUCAUUUCCCAUGUUUGCUUAAACACCAGGAGGAACUGGGCCAGUUAAGAAGCCAAUACCCAGCGCGGGCGCCUGCAGCCAGGGUUUGUGGUUGAGCCGAGGCAGACGGGCGUGUGAAUGCCCGUGUCACCCACGUGGUGAGGGUGUUGGGGGAAGUGAGGAGGUCGGGCAACAUAGUAGCCCAAGAGGUUUUGGUGCUUGAGUUUUGGUCUGUGGUGUUUGAAAACCCUGUUUUGCCCUCCAGAUGUGUUGCUGUUGGAUGCCCUGCUGGCAUUGCCCAGGGACCAUCAGGCUGCAACCUCUGAGCUCUGCCAGCCCAUUCCUUUCUUCUUUUAGACCUUGCUGAUAGGGAACUACCUCAAAGCCCAGCCUCAGAGGAGGAGGUGGCCUCUUCAGACAGAGUGACAGCACUUUGAGGGCUGCUGGAGGGUCUGGUUGAAGUCAGCUGGAGCCAGUUGGCCCUGGCCAAAAGUGGGUGCUCCCCGCCAGCAACUUGGCCAUGGGGAUACUUGUCAUGAAGUCUAGCAGUGGCAGAAGCAGGGACAGUGUGUAUAAACAGAGCCUGUUGCUCAGCACAGCAUCCCUCCUUUUCCCCACGGUGACAGCUUUGGUGACGGCUGACUGACGCUGUGGGAAGGAAAGCAGUUGUCACCUGCAGGAAAGGGAUCUGCCACCCGCGCUGCCAAGCGGAGGGCAGCUUUGCCUCUGGUGCCGGCUGCUUUCCUGCAGUGCAGAGGCUCGCAGCAGGGGGUGCAUCCAUCCUGGGGUGGACAGAGCAGUUAUAUUUGCUUCUUCUGGCCCCAGCCUGCGAGAGCACCAGGUGGGGAUGCAGCAGCGUCGCGCUUGCCAUUCCUCACAGCUAAGCACAUAAACACAGUUCAUUUUAAGUGGCUAAAUUGUCAUUUUCAGUUGGAUGUUUUUUCAAAGCCACAUGGGGCUAUCGUUAAAGUCUUUUCCUCGUGUGCUGGUCCCAUCCAGGGCUAUUCAUAAUGCAUUAGCCUCAAACAAAUGCCCAAGCACUGGAGAUGGAUUUUAGCGUUUGCAAUCCAGGCGCCAAGCUUUCCUCCAGCGCUGGCACAGCUUAAUUGCGAGGGGACUCAGCACACCCAUUAAUUCAGAGCACACGAGCCAUUAAUGUGACGUUUGCACCUGAUGAAAUUGCACUAAUUGUGGUGGGAUCCCCCUGCCCCGCCGCACACGUCUCGUACCUCCCGGGCCAGGCAGGAGGAUGAAGCAGGGAGCAUGCGUGGCUGCGUGCACUGGGAGCCCUGCACCCAGAGCGGGCAGUUCUGGCGAUUGGGACCCUUUCUGAGUCGCCCAUGUUUUCCUCUCCUGGAUCAGCCAAACCCACCCGAGUGUUACUGAGAGGGUGGGUGAAGCAGCCCCAUCCCUGUUGUGUCAAUGAUGCUCCCCUGCUGCUCUGCAGCCUUUGCCUCCUGCCCCUGAGCAAGCAGUCCAACGUCUGGCGUACGAUGACACCGCAGUAGUUUCACCCAAUCCGAGCCCCUGGAGGCUCUGCAGCCCUGGGUUAGGAAUGAACACGAUUCCCAUGGCAGGACACGAGUGGAGGGGCCAGGGCUGGGUGCUGCCGCUGGCUCCACUGCUCCUGGUGACUCCGUUGUACAGACUUGGGAUAUGGUAAACUCCUGGUUACCGUGCGACCGGUCAAACUUUCCUCUUCCAUAUGUAACAUAGUUGGUUCAGUUUUGUUUUGGGGGAGGGUUGUUCUUCCUGUUAUGUUUUUCUCCCUUUUUUGUUGGGGUUUUGUUUUUGCAACUUCUUUGUUAAUGUGUACAUAUAUAUAUAUAUAUAAAAUAUAAUAUAAUAUAUAUACGUUA